CUGUGUUGGUAAAAUCUACAUGUGCAAUAAUUUUUAAUAUUUUAUCAAGACCCAAUAUAUCAAGGAACAGUUACUCCUGUACAGAUUCCUGUUAUGAGUCUCUUCUCUAAAAAGAAGGCAUCUAAAAGACAGUUCCGCAAGAAAGUUAUACACAGUCUAGAAGAUGACGAAUCAGCUCCCCCCGAUCAUCCCACCACAUGCGAAGAGACGUCUGUCCGAGUUGCUACGGCAACCCCCAGCACCGUACCAAAAUCGCUUCUCAGUUUUGACAAUGAAGACUUAGGCGAUGGUACCGAAUUCAAAGUGAAGAAAUCAAAUCAUGCAAAACGAACAGCGAGGAAACUUGAAGAACAGAAACGUAAGGAGGAGCUACAACGAGUGAUGGAGAAGGUGGAGCCUAAUGAUUCGAGUGACUCUGAGCAAGAGAGUGCUCUUUCCUCUAUAUCUCACCGGAUCAGUGUUGGGGUGAUACCUGAUAAUGCUCUCAUUCACGCUGCUAGGAAACAGAGAGAGUUGGCAAGAAAGACAGGCGGUCAGCCGGCAGCUGCAGGGAACGAUUUUAUGUCCUUGGAUUCUAAUGAGAAGGAGACUGGACGAGCUAAGGGGAAGUCCCGCCUCGUUAGGGAAGACGAGUAUGACAAGUCCGAUGAGAGUGAUGGAGAGGAGCGUGGCAAGUUUGGUAAGCGAGCAGAAGUGUCGCGACAGAUGCAGGUGCUCACAGCGAUGGAGGAAGCGGGAAGUGGUUCGGAUGAGGAUAGAUUCGUUGAGGAACAAAUCAACAAAGCAGUGAAGGGAUGUGUUGUGUCCGAUGUCACUCGGCCACGUCAGAGUUACAGCCUGGGGCAAACUGAAACCGAAAGUUAUGUGACGACAAGUCAACCUCCUGUAGCCAGCAUUCCAGAUAUCCUUGUACCAAUUACCGUGGAAACACUCAAGUCACGUCUGAGCCAGCAGCUAUCAGAGCUUCGUUCUCUCCACAGGAAACACGAGAUACGAUUAGAGGAGAUGGAGAGUGAUAUUAUGACAGCUGAUCAAGAGGUGGGGGGUCUAGAGGACCACAUCAGUAGGGGGUCCAUCGAGUACCAGUUUUACCAGGAGACCCGGGGGUACAUGAAAGAUCUGCUCAGCUGUCUCACUGAGAAGGUCCCUGUAAUAGAAGAACUGGAAAAAAGUGUGCACUCUGUUCUGGGCAGUCUGACUGAGUUGCGAGUGGAGAGACGUCGUCAGGACGUGAAAGAUAUGUCUGCCGAGUGUGCUGUGACCACACCCAUUGACCCUGCCCACAAAACUCGUGUGGUAGAGAGAGAGGGCCGACAGAGGAGACGCAGGGAGGCUAGGAGGGAGAGAGGUGUGGUCAAUCACCAUGACGGCAUGUCCUCUGAUGAUGAGCUAUUGGAGACAAACAGAGUCAAGUUCAAGAACGAUAUUGAUCGUGUCCUCUCAAAACGCGAGGGUGUCUUCUCUGACGUGAAGGAAGAGUUCAGUGAUGUCUCCUCCAUCAAGGCUCAUCUGGAACAGUGGAAGUUCAGCUUCCCCUCCUCUUACUCUCAGGCCUACCUCUCUUUCUGUCUCCCCAAACUAUUUUCUCCGUUUGUUCGUCUGGAGCUCCUCUCAUGGAACCCCCUCAACGACGAGGGUGGAGUGCUGGAGGACGCUCGUUGGUUCAAUGUGCUUAUGUUCUAUGGCUUCUUAGAAGGGGCAGAGCCGGAAAGAGACGAUGAGGAUAUUCUACUCAUACCAAACAUCGUGGAGAAAGCUGUGUUACCCAAAUUAACGGCUCUUGUGCAGAAUGCUUGGGACCCUCUCUCCACCAGCCAGACUGGACGACUAGUCUUGCUGAUCCAGACCUUGUUUGAGGACUACCCCACACUCUCCGCCCGUGAGAAGAAUGGUCAGGCUCUCGUCAACGCAGCCACAGUCAGACUGAGACAGGCCAUUAAUGGAGACGUCUUUGUUCCCUUGUUUGCCACAAAGCAAAUGGAGAAUCCUACUUCACCGAAGGCGUUAUUCUAUCAUCGGCAAUUUUGGAGCUGUCUCAAACUAUUAGGCAAUAUCACCAAGUGGGCGGGGCUCAUUGAUGUGGACACUCUCCAGGAGCUGGUGUUGGAUGGGCUACUCAACAGGUACCUCCUCCUCUCUCUACAGAACAGCCCCGUGUCCCAUCUCUCAGUGGACAAAACCACUCAGCUUGUUUCUCUCUUGCCCGCCUCCUGGUACUCUGACGGGAGUGUGGUGACACGCCCACUGGAGGGUCUGGUUCGAUACAUUGUCCACCUGGUGGAAUGUCUGGACAGGGCAGCUGCUGGUCAGAACAAUGUGGAGAGGAACACUACAAGGUCGUCCAUUCAGAGACUGGUCAGCUGUUUACAGACAGUCCAAGCUCACAGUGAAGCAACGGAAGUGAUUGAGCACAACCUCAAGAACUUUACUCCGCAAACAUGAACAUAUAUAUACAUGAUUAAAGAUGUUAUUGGCAAUUGAAUUAUUUCUGCAACUCA